GAUCUCUAACUGAUUCAUUGAUAAAUGAUUAUUAUUACUUUUAUGUCAAAUACAAACUUGUGAUGAUUAUAGAAAAAAUGGUUUACUGUCAUAUCUUACAUUGCUGACUGGUUUCCCAUUAAUAUAUCUUUCAGAGAUUGAGUAUGCAGAUAAAAGAUAUGGUAAUUGUGGUGGUGCUGUUGAUUUCUUGAGGAAUCUCACAUCUUGUGGUUACCUAGAUCCACAAGUGUUUGUUGUUUUGCUUGCCUACUUUACUUACAACUUUUUUUUUUCUUCUUUUUUUAUGCUGGUACAGGAUUUGUAUUUAACAUACAUAUAAGCUUUGAAAUGGUAAUAGUGCAGGGAGAUACUGGAAUACAAUUGCCAGUGAAUGCUGUAAUCUAAGUAAGUUAGUGAUAGUUGGUUGGAUUAUGUAUUUGGAGAGAGAAUCACAGUGGUCAGAUAAGUGAAUCAUCAGCUUUAUACUAAUGUUUAUUGUAAGGUAUAGAUAAGUGGGGACUGGAUGAGUGCUUGGCAAGAUUGUUGAACACUCACACCAUGAGUUUGUACUGUUCUCAUUAAGGUGUGGUUGAUGAAAACUUGCCACAUUAAUGAUAAAUGCUAUUCUUGAUAAUAGUCUUAAAUUUUUGAUUGAAUCUGAACUGCUUAUGUGGUAAUUAUAACCUAGAAUUAGAAACAUUGAAAAAUGCAUGUUAAAGUUACUAAUUGUUGUGAUAUAUGAAUACUUUGAUGAGUGCAAACAGCUGCGAUAUUUAAUGCGCAAAAUUUGGAAAAAACAUACCUAAUUAGUUUAUACAGAGGAAUGAUCUUAAUUUUCAAGUGCUCUUCUCAGAAAGCAUCUUAACAAAUUCAGCCAUAUCUUGAGGCUUGAGGUGGCUUUGACCAGUCUCAGCAUAAGUGUAUGAGGUGGUGCCCUGGGUUUCUGCUUUUUAGAAAAGUGGUAAUGGUGUGUUCUGUAUUCUGAAUGUUUGGUUGAACUUUUUGUGAUGAUUGGUAAUUUCUAUAAUUUCUAUGGCAGUGGCAAUGCUUCUGAAUUUAGGAAACUUGCUCAAACAUGCACUUGAUGAAAGUUCACAAAAAAAAUCACAAUUAGUGUGCUUAAGUAGUUUAUUUACACAUUUCCAAUGGAACUAGGUUGGAAAAUAUUGCAUGUUCAGAUGCGUAUUCUAAAUGCCUAUAAUUAUGAAGAGUUGUGUUUAAACCAAGAGCAAAACAAACAGGAGGAGUUGGCUUUGUAAACUCCUGUGGGUCGCCACAGCUGCGAUCAACAGUCAGUGUAGUUUACUAACCCAUACUAAUUGCAGUGGGUAGAGUGAGUGAAAGAAGGUUGUCACUAACACAGAUUAACCUAAGCUUUACCCUCUUUAGCAUGUGGCUGGAUGCUGGCAUGUGUGCUGAGUGAUUGACUGGCUGUGCAAUAAUACUAACCAUGUGUAGGUAGUGUAGCUAAUCUCCCACCUUGCAAACACCUUCAUGGGACACUUAGACUUGAGACUGUCAUCCACUCUGUGUGUGUGUGUGUGUGUGUGUGUGUGUGUGUGUGUGUGUGUGUGUGUGUGUGUGUGUGUGUGUGUGUGUGUGUGUGUGUGUUUCAGAUGACUUACUGCAACAGUAGUGCUGGAUUGACUGAUUGGAUAUGUAUACAUACACACACAUGUAAGCACAUUUAUUCAUAUAUAUGCACACAUACACAGGUGAAUUAAGAUUUACAAAUAAGAUAUGUUCCUUAGAAUGGUAUGAACAUAUGAUUUGGAAAUUGGGAUAAUUUAUUGAUUUUAAAAUUUCUUUUCAUAUAGUGCAUUUUCACUAUCUGUGAAGUUGAUUUUCAAGUUUUUAUUCAUUAAUGUGAAUUCUGCAGUUAUAAUUUGGGAUAUGGAACAAACCAAAAUUGUCACUUCAGUAUUCAUAAAUUCUCUCUCUCUCUCUCUCUCUCUCUCUCUCUCUCUCUCUCUCUCUCUCUCUCUCUCUCUCUCUCUCUCUCUCUCUCUCUCUCUCUCUCUCUCUCUCUCUCUCUCUCUCUCUCUCUCUCUCUCUCUCUCUCUCUCUCUCUCAUAUGUGUAUAUACAUCUAGCCUUCAGCCAUGCAUGACUAGGAAAAUUAAGUGUGUAUGUGUGUUGGCGUUCGUGCGUGUGUGCAAGCGUAAAUGCAUAUAUGUGCGGGUGCUAUUCAGACCUUCAUUUGUUUUUUUUGUUUUUUCCUAUGAACCUGCAUUGACAUGUUUAUAGCUAACGUCCUAUUUAAUGAGGAGCAACUUGCAAGUGUCUAGUUAGAUUUGCUAGAAGUGAAGUAGUAUUUCAUUAGGGGUUGAUAGCUCUUUUGUUUUGCUCUUGGGUGUUUUGGUUGUUGUAAGUUUACUUACCUUCCUGAAUUUCUUUCUGAAACAUGCACAAUUUUCUUGGAGUGAUUCUGCUUUGUAUCUUGUUGACAGGUGGAAUUUGUUACUCUGAGGCCUACUAUAGAAUGUGUGUGUGUGUGUGUGUGUGUGUAUUUACAAAUAUAUAAAAUUAUGUUGGUAUGGCAUUGUACCUGUAAGGAAUGUGCUUUAUUGUUGUUAAUGUUUUCAUGUCUUGGGCUAGGACCUUCAAUAUUUACAUACAUAUAUCUAUAUAUCUAUCAGUAUAUAUCUGUAUCUAUCUGUCCAUCUGUUUACUCAAAGGAUUUUUGCUUAGGGGUAUCUCAUCACAUUGUUUCCAAUAGUCUAUUUUUUUUAUGUCUUGGAUACAAAAUGUUUCUUUAGUUUACUUUGGGGACUUCAGUCUAGUAUAUAGGUAGACUUAUAUAAACUUUUUUUCUUGUAGCCCCAGCACUGCCAUGUCUCACUGUGCUUGUAUGAUAACAACUGUGCUUGGUGGUGAGGGUGUAGGGCUCUGGCAUCUCAUGUUGCAACUCUGGGGGUUCAGUGGGUGGGGAAAGGAGACUAAUUUGAGUGAGUGUGUAACACUUGGCUCAUUGCUUGAACUGUGCGUAUGUGUGUAUUUUUUUUUUUUAUAGUAAUAAUAAUAAUAAUAAUAAUAAUAAUAAUAAUAAUAAUAAUAAUAAUUUUUAUUUUUAUUUUAUUUUAUUUUUUUAUUUAUUUUUUUUUUUUGUGUGUGUGUGUGUGUGUGUGUGUGUGUGUGUGUGUGUGUGUCAAAACUGGAAAUGAUGGUAGUAAUAUGUAUCUGUCUACUAAUAUGUAUUUUGUUGAUACAUUUUGAGAUUGUGUAUAUUUCUCUUAAUUUACACAAUUUUGAUUAUGGUAAUGUCUCUCCUUUGAUUCAGCAAAAGAUGAUGUGACUUAUUGCUUGUGAAAUGAGUAUGUGUUUAAUUAUUUUUUUUGGUAUUAUUGAUGUAUAUCUUUUUAAAUUGUGUGUAUAUAUUGCUUACAUACCUUACAUAGAUUUCUGGUGAAAAACAAGUGCAUUCAUAAGGCAGAUAUAUUUUGAUUUGACAUUAUGGUAUACUGAAUCAUCUGAGCACCUUAUGUCAGGUGGUUUCCUUGUAUAGAAGCAUUGUAAUCAACUAGUCUGUUAGUCUCAUUGCAGUGAGUGGUAAUAUUCUUAAGUCUACAAGCAUUGUGGCAGAACAUUCCUAUGCACCAGCCCCAACUUUGUAUGCAUGUUUUACACUGAUGACCUUAAGAAGCCUCUUGUAUUGCAAUGGCUAGCUGUUGCAGGAAUGCUUUCCUUGACAUGAAUGAUUGCAGUUGUCAUGUUGAGGUGGAUGGUCAUUCAGUAAAAACGUGUGUGACUCCCCUUCACUUCUUACUAUUGUUAUAAGAAUUGUGGGGGUUUGUGAAUUAUGUUGAACACUUGCUUGCACAGGCAACUGAGAUGACUGAGCUAACUAGUGCAGUGCACACAGCAAGUGUUUUGCCACAGGCUUGGUGCAUAGUCUGCAGUGCUAUUUUAUUAUCUCUAGUCACAAGGCACCGUCACACCUCUUUUCUCCAUUGAGUAGGGAGAUUUUAUUUAUUAUCAAAAUUGUCUUAACUUUUAUGAUUUAAUCAUAAUUAAUUUUAUAGUUUAUAAAACAUCCUCAGAAAUUGUACUCCCUGGCAUAAGAUGCUCUAAUGGCCUGUCAUAAUGUGGAAAUGUGAUAGAAGAGUUCCUAAGAUAUAUACAUACUGGAAAGAGAUAUCCUCCUUUACUUUAAGUUAAAAACAAAAUGUGAUUCUUUUUUCCCCAAAAUGAAGUAUGAUUACAGUAUAUAUAAAUUAUUUGAAUAUACUUUUAUACAAAGUAAUAUAUUUAUAUUUGCUUACCAGUGCUCAGCUCUGCAGUGUAUAAGAAAGGAAAUGAGAUAUAAAAUCAAUCACAAAAUUAGUGCAUUAUUUCCUCAUUUCACUUGCCAGCACAUCAUGAUGUGAGUACAAGUGAUUUAACAACAUUAUAUUCGCCUCACCUGUACUCACCCAUCUUUGUUCAUGCUCACCAGUGCUCCCACCCCACUCAUGUCCUCCAGCUGUGUGCUCACUACCCACUCUGUCUAAUGCCUUCCACGCUCUCUUUAAUUAAAUGCUUUGUCUCAUUUUCUUACCAACCCCAGCACACUCAUGCUUAUGCCCUUACCUAUGCUAAUUCCGCCUUCAUUGGUCAGGCUGCACUAGUUGACAUUAACACUGUUUGAAGCAAACUUUUCAUUCAUCUGGUAUUUCCACAUGAUGUAGACUAAUUGGGGUAGGACAGGAUUUACACAGCCAGAGGGCAAAGGCCAUCCUGUCCUUAUAAUACAUUAAAUGUCAUUCUAAAUUCAAGGAAGCAGGUUGGGUAGCUUAUUGUUUCUCAUAGAAGCAUCAGCCACUCUUGCUUGUCUGAAUUGGAGUUAUGAAGUAUGGUGUUUGUGGAGAGGAGGACUCAUGCCCAUGACUGUACUACAUCGACCUUACUUUCUUAGGCUUUUGGCUCGUGUUAUAGAUUCCUCUUGAUCCCCUCAGAGUUUAUAAUAUUAAUGUAAUAAAGGGAUGUAUUUUAGGUAAAUAGCCACAUUUAUAUUUCUCAAGAAAAUAAUUGUACAGUUUUUAUUGCAUUGUA